AUGCCAGGCUUGGAGGCAGCAGCAGUGGAGGGAUUCAGAACCUUGACUGAGACUAAAGCUUGGGACUAUGUUGUAGUAUGGAAGUAUGGCGAUGAUCCAACAAGAUUUAUUGAGUGGAUGGGCUGCUGUUGUGUUGGGGGAUGUAAUGGAGGCAAGAACGAAGAGGAAAAGGAGGAAGAACAUAGACUGGGUCGUAGAUGUAGGGAUAGUCACUAUCAGCAUCCAGUGAGAACCAAGGCUUGUGAGGCCCUUGCUCUGCUUCCUUAUACAAUGCCACUUUAUUCUGGUGUUCAUGGAGACGUGGCAAUAUCAAAACAACCUCAAUGGCUUUCCCAGGAUUCAACAGGAACGCAAGUUUUGAUCCCUAUUAUUGGUGGUAUUAUAGAGCUCUUCUCAGCAGAGACUGUACCAAAAGAUUCAAGGAUCAUAGAGUUGAUAACUGCACGUUGCUGUCUCCCUAUGAAAAAUGAAGCCAUUUCUGAACAUCCACCGUUAGAUUCAUGCUACCCACAAAGCUUAAUUUCUAGCAUACACACAUCUGCAGUAGAGCAGUGCAUCUCUCACCCAAGCAUUGAAGGAUCCUCCAGUGGAUCAUAUCCUUCAAAUGAAACUCCAAAAGAACAUCAAAGAGGUUUGGAUUUCCAGUGCGGCACUCUGGAAGAAGAUAAACCAGAGUUGGUCAGAAGACCUCAAAGGGAAUUCUAUACAUCUAAAAAUCUUGUCACAGAGAGGAAUAGGAGGAGCAGGAUAAAAGAUGGGCUUUAUGCUCUACGAGCUUUGGUCCCAAAGAUAACCAAGAUGGAUAGGGCAUCCAUUGUUGGAGAUGCCAUUGAUUAUAUAAAGGAACUGCAAGAACAAGAAAAAGGACUUAGACACAAGAUCACAGCUUUGGAAGAAGAGGAUCAUAGAAAGAACAAACCACAGUGGAGGAGGCCAAUAUUGAAGGAACAAAGAGGAACCAGAAGUUUGCAUCUUGAUGAGCCCAUCCAAAAUUCCUCUGAUUCCACAAAAAGGACCCAGAUGGAGGUGCAGGUUGAAGUGAACCAGAUUGGGAAGAGAGAGUUUCUUGUGAAGAUACAAUGUGAGAAGAAGAGAGGAGGGUUUGCAAGAUUGAUGGAGACUAUCCAUUUGUUUGGACUGCAGGUAACUGAUGCCAAUGUGAACGCUUUCGGUGGCGAAGUAGUGAAUAUUCUGACUGUUAAGGCAAAUAAGCUUGAUAUUCACCCAGACAUUUUGAGAGAUUAUUUAACUAAGCAAGCUGGUUCUCAAGAAAGAGGAGUUGAUGUUGAGUUCACGAAGGCUUAA